CAAAAAACAAAAUAAUUAAAAAAAAAUGUCCACCCAAUUUUUACCUUACCUAUCGCGAGACCUGACAAAACUUUUAGAGAAUAAAAAGAAUUAUGAUUUUAUAAUUAAUGUUGAUGAUGAAAAUAAUAAGAAAGAAUUUUGUGUACACUCAAUUAUUCUUGAAGCGAGGUCGUCAUAUUUUAGGAAUUCUCUUUUAAAUGGAUUUACAAAGAAAGAAAAUAAUAUAUAUAUUUUGGAUUUACCUGAUAUCUCUGUUAAUGUUUUCAAUAUUGUAAUUAGAUAUAUUUAUGGUGGCACCAUCGAUCUUGAUCGUAAAGAGGCUUUAGAUAUUUUGAACCUUUUAGUUGUUUGCGAAAAUUUUAAACUCAAAGAAUUAUAUGAUUAUAUUCAAGAUUAUCUUAUAAAGCAUCAUCAAGAUUGGAUCUUUCAGAAUUUUGUGUUAACUCAACAAGUCAGUUUUACAUACUCUGAAUUUACCAAAUUACAAGAUUAUUGGACAGCAAUCGUUGUUGAACAACCAGAAAUUUUAUUUAAUGCUACUGACUUUACAUCUGUAGAUAAAGAUGCAUUAUUGUCCCUUUAUAAAAAUGGAGAUAUAUGUGUGAAAGAAAGUGAAUUAUGGGAUCAUAUUAUUUGUUGGGGUAAGGCCCAAAAUACCAAGUUGUUAGGAGAGAUUUCUGAUUGGACAACGAAUGAAUUUAAUAUUUUAAAGAGAAUUAUCGAAGAUUUUAUACCUCAUAUUAGGUUUUAUGAAAUUUCAUCCGAAGAUUUUUGUUAUAAAAUUAUGCCUUACUGUGGUGUACUUUCGAAUGAAUUAUAUCAAGAUCUUUCAAAAUAUCAUUUAGUACCAAAUUGGCAACCAAUAUUUAAUAACCUUUCACCGAGGAAAAAAGAUUUAAGUGCCUCGAAUUCUCCGAUUAUUACAAAUGUUGUAAAGAAACCUAAUAUGAUCAAUCUUCCCAAUCCUCCCCCUCCCAAUUCUCCUAAGUCACCUAAUACUUUUAAUUCCUCUAUUACAUCUAAUACCCUCAAUUCACCCAAUUCACCCAAUUCACCCAAUACUCUUAAUUCUCCUAGUUCCCCUAAUUCUCCUAGUUCUCCUAAUUCGUAUAGUUCGCAGAGUUCUAACAAAUUUUCUAAUUCAUUCAAUGUUUAUAGUGUUAAUCAUCUUUCUAAUUCUCCAAUUGAAUCUAAACUGAUCAAUAGUGAACAAGCAGCAUUGAUUUCUUCUUGGAUUCAAGGAAAUAAUGAUACCGAGAUAUCAAAUAAAUGGAAGGUUUAUGGAUUUAAAUUACUCAUUCGUGGAAGUCGAGAUGGAUUUACGAGUGCGUCAUUUCACAAAAUGUGUGAUAACAAAGGUCCCACAAUUACAAUUAUAAAAUUGAAAGGUGAAAGUACCAUUAUUGGAGGAUAUAAUCCUAUUAACUGGGAUAUUAAUAAACAUGGAAAUUAUGAAAAUACCUCAGAUAGUUUUAUUUUUAGUUUAGAUAAAGAAAUAAUUUUAUCCAGAGUUUCAAAAUAUGAUACUGCGAUAUUUCAAUCUAGUCGUGGGAUAAGUUUUAGAGACCUACAACUUAUCGAUUAUUUUAGUGCUGAAAAAGGAAUAUAUUUUACCCAUAAUUCAUAUAGUAAAAAAAUACAUGAUAUUGGAUACUCUAGUGCCGAAGAAUAUGAAAUUUUUAGUAUAAUUUUAUAUUCCCCAUAGAUGAGUAAUCAAGAUUAACAACAUAUAAAUACAAAUUUAAUAUGUUUUUUUUCAGACUUAAAUAAAAAUAUUUUCAA